CAGCCCGUGGAGAUGAGACAGGAGAUCGAGGUCAGGGUUUAGAAGAAACGCGGGGCUGGUUCCCACUGGCGGUCCAGCUGUAAGCUGAGUAAACUCAGGAGGCCAUUUUUUUUUGUUCCCUUUCAUGAUCCACAAUGUUGUCUCAUGGAUAAUCAGACUUAAUUUUAAGGACUUUGGCCAAAAAUCACACCCUGCCCUCCCAACUUUCCUAUUUGUUCUGAGAAGUCAGAAAGAAGGCCUCUUGGAAGAGCUUAUCUGUCUCACCCACAGGAGCUGCCUUCGUCCCCUCCCACCCCUACAUCCUGACUCCAGGGGCCCUGGGAUGCAAGCCCUCACGCUACUCCUCUGGACAGGAGUCCUCCUCGGGCAUGGCAGCUGCCAGAACAACGCAGGCAGCCUGGAGGAGGGCUCCCCGGCCCCUGACACCACAGGGGUGCCAGUGGAGGAGGAGGAUCCCUUCUUCAAGGUCCCUGUGAACAAGCUGGCAGCUGCCAUCUCCAACUUUGGCUAUGACCUGUACCGUGUGAGAUCCAGCAUGAGCCCCACCACCAAUGUACUCCUGUCUCCACUCAGUGUGGCCACAGCAUUCUCUGCCCUUUCACUGGGAGCAGAACAGCGGACAGAAUCCAGCAUUCACCGGGCUCUCUACUACGACCUGAUUAGCAAUCCAGACAUCCAUGGCACCUACAAGGAGCUCCUUGCCUCAGUCACUGCCCCCCAGAAGAAUUUCAAGAGUGCUUCUCGGAUCAUCUUUGAGAGGAAACUGCGGAUAAAAUCCAGCUUUGUUGCACCCCUGGAAAAGUCAUAUGGGACAAGGCCCAGAAUCCUGACUGGCAACUCUCGUGUGGACCUUCAGGAGAUUAACAACUGGGUGCAAGCCCAGAUGAAGGGGAAAAUCGCCAGGUCCACACAGGAAAUACCCAGCGGAGUCAGCAUUCUCCUUCUGGGUGUGGCUCACUUUAAGGGGCAGUGGAUAACAAAGUUUGAUACUAGAAAGACCUCCCUUGAGGAUUUCCACCUGGAUGAGGAGAGGACCGUGAGAGUCCCCACGAUGUCAGACCCGAAGGCUGUCUUACGCUAUGGCUUGGAUUCGGAUCUCAGCUGCAAGAUUGCCCAGCUGCCCUUGACCGGGAGCAUGAGUAUCAUUUUUUUCCUGCCUCUCAAAGUGACCCAGAACUUGACCCUGAUAGAAGAGAGCCUCACCUCUGAGUUCAUUCACGACAUAGACCGAGAACUGAAGACUGUUCAAGCUGUCCUGACCAUCCCCAAACUGAAGCUGAGUUACGAAGAUGAAGUCACUAAGUCCGUGCAGGAGAUGAAGCUGCAAUCCUUGUUUGAUGCACCAGACUUUAGCAAGAUCACAGGCAAACCCAUCAAACUUACUCAAGUGGCACAUCGAGCUGGCUUCGAGUGGAAUGAGGAUGGGGCAGGUACCACCCCUAGCCCAGGGCUCCAGCCUGCUCACCUCACCUUCCCCCUGGACUAUCACCUUAACCAACCUUUCAUUUUUGUACUGAGAGACACGGACACAGGGGCCCUUCUCUUCACAGGCAAAAUUCUGGACCCCAGGGGCAAUUAAUGCCCCAGUUUAAUGCUCAAAUACUCCCUAGAAGAAGAAAAUCCUAGAGGGAUGCUGAUUAUACAUGAAGGCUAUUCCUAUAAUAUUUCAGUGUAUACUUUGCAAUAAAAGUGCCUUAUCCCUAA